GCAGGUCUGUGAAUCGCCACACUUAAGAGUGUGAAGCAUCUCCACUUAGUCUGGGAAGGAGGGAAACAGAAAGAAGGAAGAAGGAAGGCGUAAAUAGGAGAGGAGCGAGAUAUGAUGCAGAUGACGAGGGUGGAGUUAAGAAAACCCAGAAGGUGUAACGUAGACAAACAGCUCUCAUCUCCCCUGAGCCGGACAAGCCACCUGUGAAAAACAAAGACAAUGAAGAUCUGAACAGUGCAGCUGAACUCUGGGAAGGGCUGGAAGAUGUAAGAGAAGUGUCAAAGAGUGUGAAGGAAAGGAGCAUGAGCCUACAGCAACAGGAACUCAUCAUUAUUACUAUUUAAUUUGGGGAAGAAGAGUCAGUUGAAGGAGGAUGUCUUCAUUAUCAGAGGCGGAUAGGCGCUGCAACCAGGGAGACACGAUCUGCGAGAUCCGUGUGUAUGAGCAGGAGGUGAUCAUCGUGCCCAUCUUUCUGCUGGCCAGCUUCCUGAUCACUCUGGUCUUGAUUCUCCUGCUGCGCUACUGUCCGGAGAAGGUCGACCGAAUUCGCCCAAAUGCCUCAAAGUCGUCUCCCAGGAGAGUGCUGCACGGCAUUGAUGCUCCGCCAGGUAUCAACGUUUUGGAGCAUGAAAGCAUCGCCUUGGACACGCCCCAUUCUUACUCCACCUUCACUCCCCCGAACUCCUACUACCCCCAAACCCUCACCAAGCCUGUGACCACACCCGUCCACCCACCCAGCCCCCCGCCCAGUUUCACUCCCAUCGUCCAGCCCAGAGAGCUGCCGCGCCAGAGGCUGCCCGAGUCCUUCAACCUGGUCACUCCUCUGCCUGUUGCCUUCUCCCUGAACUCCAACUCCUCUGUGUCCCUCUACAGGGCGCGCAUGGACAACAGGAACGUGGUACUGCGGGUGCUGAACGACUCAGCUGAUGCCACAGAGAGACACAACUUCCUGGGUUUUGCAUCGUUCCUGUCCCAGCUUGGCCCACAUCCAUUCCUGCCAGAGCUCCUGGGUGUCGUCUCCCUUCGGGCUCCUCUGGUUACAGUGGUGGAGGAGCUAGAAAACAGAGACCUGCUCAGCUACUUGUGGCGAUGCAGGCAGGAUCAUGUGGAGCCACCCUGUGAAAUGACUGAGAGACGAAUAUUCACCAUGGCCAAGCAGGUGGCCUCUGCUCUGGAGUUCCUGCACGGCAAAGAUCUCCUCCACGGAAACAUCCGUGCCCGCAGCGUGCUGGUCACCAAGGAGUUCACGGCCAAGCUGUGGGGCCUACACGGGGUCUAUACACGGAAGAACCAAGGAGCCACACAGAAAGACGAUCCCAGCAUGAAGAAGUGGCAGGCUCCGGAGGUGCUGGCCAAGAGGCCUGCCAGUAGGAGCAGCGACAUCUGGUCUUUUGGUAUCCUGUUGUAUGAAAUGACCACCUUGGGUGAAGCUCCUUUUGCAGACAUCUCAGUUACAGAGCUUCUGCAGUUUCACCAACGAGGAAAAACCCUGAAAAAACCCCUCAACUGCUCCAACACGCUGUAUACUGUCAUUAAAGGCUGCUGCCAGUGGAAGGAUCAGGAUCGACCCUCGUUGGCUGAAGUGAGCCGAAAGCUGAUCGCAGGAGAGAAGGGCGCCUCCGACAAAGUCCUCAAGGCGUCUGGGACAGUGAACAUCGAACAAUACCUACAGGAAGCAGGAUACGGGGAAACCAACAGCUACACCGUUUUCUGAUCAGUGCCAAUGAAUAAACAGAUAAACAAAUUGCACUACUGUCAAGUACCCCACACGUGCACUUUUACAAAAUCGUUCCUUACAGAUGCAAUAGAAGUGUUCCAAACCUGGUGUACGGGCGUUUUGAGUCAUGAAAUAGAUUUACACAAAAAGCAACAAGAAAUUUAACUUUGAACUGUUUUCAUCUCAUUAAUACACUUUGUUUAUUUAAGCUAUAGCUAGAUGUCAGUUGGGGAAAUAUUUUGUAGACUUUAAUAUAUGUAAACCUGAUUGAUGUACAGAUUCUGAACUAAAUACAGUCAUUACAUGACGGUUUAUAAGUCCUGUUCUAAGCCAGUGUAUCUUAAUGGAUGUAAUAUAUGUUGCGAAAUUGCUAAUUUUUUUGUAAGACUCCAUUUCAGGCUGUUAUGGAAAUGAAGAACUUAUCAAUGUGAUUAUUAUGUUUACUGUGGACCUGUAUGGGCAAGAAACGAACAGUUUACAUGAACUGAAAUGUGAAUAAAAAAUAUAAUCUCAA